UGUGCUGUCAUAAAGAAACAUUGUCAAUUAUGACAAAAACUAUAAAAAAUGGAAAAUUAAAUGUGAAAAAUUCAAUAAAUAGUAAAUAGGUGCACAAAGCAAAUGAUCGACAAAUAUGGAUGACUUUUUCAAAAAUAUUAGAUCAACACUAGUAAAUGUAGAUAACAUUAUCAAAGAGGAACCUAUAUCGGAAAAUAAAAUUGAUCACAGUAAAUUACUAAAAGACAUAGAAAUCAAACCCAAGGAUCAUGUAAAUCAACUACCCAAAGAUGAUACGCGAGUUAACGUUAACCAACAAUACGUAAUAAUUAAACAGCUAAAACGAAAUGAUUUAAACGUAAAUGAGAAUUCAGGACCAUGUGAAGGUCGACUAGAGGCAGAUCAAAAAGACAAAUUUAGUUUUAAAUCGAUGGAAGUGAUUGGAAUAGUCGACAAGUCAAACACAAAAAAAGAUACCAAAGAUGAAGUAAAAAGUUUCAGAAGUAAAAUAUUUGAAACGGUUAUGGCUAAAUCAAGCAGCUUUCUGGAAAAAGUUGCAGCUAGUUAUAAUGUUUUAACAAAGGAAGAGGAAGCACCAAUUGGUAAGAACGUGAGAGUUGAUGACAAGCCAAUCAACUAUAUAUUGGGAAAAGUUGAUAAACCAAUAAAACAGCCAGAACCUCUAAAUGCUCAGGAGCUCGAUGAAAAACUAAAUGAAAUAUCAUUACAAUCCAAAGCAGCCAUUGAAGACUUAAAAAAUCAAUCAAUUAAGAUAGUUGAUACAGCUAGAGCUCAAACAGAUAUGGUAAUUGAAAAUGCUAGAUAUAACUUCAACAUGUUCUCGAAAUCCUUGGAAGAGGUGGAUCAUCAACAAACAUUAAAUAUCAGUGAAACAGUAAAUGUCAGUGAAGAAGAACCAGUCGACGAGACAUUCGAUGAAAUUAUAGAAAAGUGUUUUGGAAGUAGACAUGUUAUAGAUUUCCUCAACUAAAACGAAUGUCAAUAAAAGAUGACAAUGUUUAAAUUGCACUGUGUAACCUCAUAUUUUGUAACCUCUCAUUUAGAUAAAUUAUAUUUGCAAAUAAUUUAAUGUUAUUUAUUUUUUUUCAUUAAUUUACGUUGCGUAAAACCACAGCUAUAUGUUUGUAGAUGUGC